AUGCAGGACAAUCCUCGCAAGCGGAAGCACUCACUUCCUUCACCACCAUCAAGCGGGCCUUCUCCCCGUGGAAGAACGCGCCGACGGAUCGCCGACGAAUACAAUCCGGAUCCAGCUCAGUCACCAGAGCCCUUGCGCAAACGUUAUAGAGGAGACCUUGAAAGAAGCCCGCGGGAGGAACUAAAUUGCUGUGCGCAAGGCGCAGAAGAAGCAGAACCAAUCCAGCACUGGGUUAGGUCCGGCAAGUGGCCAAAGCAUAUUGGAGAAAUGACCGAUCCUGAAAGCGAUGGAUCAAACAAGAGGCGUCGGUCCAGCACGCCGAGUUAUUCGAGCCGCAGAAGGAAUGGAAGCGCUCCGCCCGCCCACACUGCUGCAUAUGAGGAAGAGCUACAACGUCAUGGGAUAAUGUUUGAUGAUCUGAACACAAAAGAUUUGACGUACAUCAGACUAUUCCAACGAGCGAGCAAAUGCAGCGAGGAAAGGGUUCGUCGCGAUCUUACUCCUCACAUUGUGCCUUCGGCGGAGCUCCUGUACGUAGUCGACCGGGAGACCAUUCUGGCAAACGUGCGGGAAGAGAUGUCGGGAGAUUGGACAAAAUGCAGCCUGCUCGGCGGUACCCAGCCAAGGCCUGACUACGCAUACGGCUUAUCAUCGGCGACUUUCACAGAAGAAGAGCGUGCUAAGCUGGAAAAUUACACGAACAUUAACAACCCCACCAAGUUUACGGAUUUCAUGUACUUUCCGUUCCUCCUAUGCGAGGCGAAAUGCGGGAGAAGGAACAUAAACGAUGCAGACCGACAGAACGUGCAUAGCGCCAGCAUUGCGGUCAAUGCCAUCAUUCAGCUGUGUCGCGCUGCCGGAGAAGACCACGCUCAAAUCCUUAGCGGCCAAAUCCUCGUUUUCAGUAUUUCCCACGACAAUGAAAGGGUCAAGAUCUACGGCCAUUUUCCUCUCAUCCGAGAUGGUCGUACGACGUUUCACCGAUACUAUGUCCACAACUAUAGCCUCGACGGUCAUUACGGUCGAGACAGAGACACAGGGUCAAAUUUUACUCGAGCUGUCUACCGCGACUUCUAUCCUUCGCAUCUGAAAAGACUGCAGCAGGCUGUCGCGCGCUUAUCCGAUCCUCGGACAACAUCAGUGGUUUCUGACGUCAGCGUUGACGAAGGUGAGGCGCGAGCGAGCGAACAGUCCUCGCAAGAGCGGGAUUCCUCGCCCAGACCGUCAUUUCGUCGAGCCAAAAGUCAGGGAAGUCAAGGGGAGUUAACAUUGAUGAAACAACAGAUGGCAAAGUUGGAACAGAUGCACAAAGCUCAGCUAGAGCAACAGAAAGAGGAGAGUCGGAAGCAGAUGGAGCAACAGAGGGAGGACAGCCAGAAGCAGAUGCAGCAGCAGAGAGAGGAGAGUCAAAAACAGAUGGCUUUGCUGGAGAGGCUGCUGAACCGGGAACAAGGCAGUCAAAAGGACGGCGCUCGAUUUCGAGAAUCUCCGAGCUCACGAUCCUGA